GACGGAAGAGAAAAGGAGGAGGACAUCACGUGGUGAGCCGAGGUUACGCUUUGGUGCUGCACCGGGAACCGGAAGCCGCUAUAUUGGAGAGGAAGCGGGAAAGCGGCGUGCCGCUCUUUUGUGUGCCGCGGCAGAGGCGUUCGUCCCAACCGGAAAACAAUGAAGAGAUGAUCGCGAGUCUGCCACUCAACGGCGGCGGCAGCGGAGGGCCGGUGAGCCGCGUGGGUCGUGGGUUGGCCCUUCACAGGUCCAAUUCCAGUUUGGAGCUUCCGCACAGUCCGGAUCCUGCCUCCCGGGUAUCAGAGACGCCGCUCAGAAGAGAAUAUGGUUCCCAUGGAAGCAUCGACGUAGUCGCGCAGUCCAUCACGGCAGGCGAGAACUUUUUUGCUAUGCUGCAGGAUUUUCGACCAUCGGAGCAGCGUGGCGUAGUAACCGGUGACUACUUGCGUCGUGUCCAUCAGCAGGACGCGUCCGGUCAACCGCUCGAUGUCGAUGAGGUCUGCGGUCCAACCGGCGCUGGCUCCAGCCCGAAGCUGCGGUUAAAGUUGAACAGACUGUGGAGCAGUAAACCGCCACGAGCGAUGGAAGAAACGUGCACCAGUCCGGUGGUAUCGGCCGAUGUGGAAGAGCGGCACCGAAGACGGGCGUUUGCCCAUUACGAUUGCCAGUCGUUGACGGCGAAUUUGGGCUACGCCGCGAAACUCCGGGGGAUUCUCUUGGCCAGGAGAAGAAACACAGCCACUGGAGCGUCGGCCGCCAGCGCUCUAAGAGCAUCCACACCGGACGAGACUCCCGAGGAAGACGCCGGUGAUGGAAAAGGUAACGAUUUGUUAGAACCGUGCCCCUUCUUCCGUAAUGAGAUCGGCGGCGAGGGAGAACGCGAGGUUGGCCUCACUCGUUGCGCUCAGGGCAACGGAAUUCAUAGACCGUCUUUGUCUUACGGUGUCUCCGUUCUGGAGCCACCGCCCGGAGAGACUCUAUGGAAACAUACUUGUCCACUGCAGAAACGACUCCUGCCUAUCGAGAGCGUCGACGAGGGAGCUCAUUAUUACCGGCGAUACUUUCUCGGACGAGAGCAUCAGAAUUGGUUCGGCAUGGAUGAACAGCUAGGACCGGUGGCCAUCAGCAUUCGCAAGGAUGUCAAUCACUAUCGCGUGAUUGUACGUACAUCGGAAUUAUUAACGCUACGUGGCACCGUGCCGGAGGAAGCUCUCGGUAUCAGGCCGCAAGGUCGGCCGCCAACUAGAGAACUCCUGGAGUUGGUCGCGCCGGAAGUACAAUUGGGCUGCUUGAGGCUCGGCAUGGCCGCCGCCGAGGAAGCGUUGGCCAGGCUGGACGAGCAAGGAUUAUCCAAUAGAUACAAGGUCGGCGUGCUGUACUGCCGAUCCGGUCAGAGAACCGAAGAGGAGAUGUACAACAAUCAGCACGCUGGUCCAGCCUUCCUGGAAUUCCUGGACACCAUUGGCCAAAGAAUAAGACUGCGAGGAUUCGAGGGUUACAAGGCUGGACUGGACACCAGAACCGACUCGACGGGUACGCACGCGGUGGCGGCGACGCAUCGCGGGACGGAAGUCACCUUUCACGUAUCCACCAUGCUACCCUUCACUCCUAAUAACCGGCAGCAGCUGCUGAGGAAGAGGCACAUCGGAAAUGACAUAGUCACGAUAGUUUUUCAGGAACCUGGCGCGUUACCGUUCAGCCCGCGAAGAAUACGCUCCCAGUUUCAACACGUAUUUAUUGUUGUGCGGGCCAUAAAUCCUUGCACCGAAAACACACAAUAUAGCGUGGCAGUAUCCAGGAGCAAGGAAGUGCCCAUUUUUGGUCCGCCAAUUCCACAGGGUGCCACAUUCACAAAGGGAAAGGCUUUCGCGGACUUUAUCCUGGCGAAAGUCAUAAACGCCGAAAACGCAGCUCACAGAUCUGAAAAGUUUGCCACGAUGGCUACGAGGACGAGACAAGAAUAUCUAAAGGAUCUCGCUACGAAUUAUACUACCACUACAGUCGUCGACACAGGCCAGAAAUUCUCGAUGCUCUCCUUCAGUAGCAAGAAGAAGACCACGGUGCGACCGAGACUUUCUUGCGACGCGUCUCAGCGCGGUGCGAUUUGCUGGCAAGUCAUACUCGAGGAUAGCAAUCAAAACACCGAUUGUUAUUUAGGCAUAAGCAUAGAUACUAUCGUGCUGAUCGAAGAGCACUCCAGGCAGAUAGUAUUUGUCACUCCGUGCGUGAGCGUGCUCGGAUGGCAUGCUCAAACAAACAGUUUGAGAUUGUAUCAUCAUCAAGGUGAAUGCAUUACCAUACACGUACGCGGUGAUUACGGCGAGAGGGACGAGUUAAUGGAAAUUGUGGCUCGGCUGCGUGCUGUAACUCAAGGCGCACCAGCUUCGGAGCUGUCGUUGAAAAGGAACAGCCUGGGACAGUUGGGUUUCCACGUUCAACCCGACGGUGUUGUAACGCAGGUUGAAAGUAUGGGGCUGUCAUGGCAGGCGGGCCUUAGACAGGCCUCCAGGCUGGUCGAGAUUUGCAAGGUGGCAGUGUCGACCUUGAGUCACGAUCAAAUGGUCGAUCUAUUGAAAACCAGUGUCCAAGUUACCGUCACCGUAAUACCUCCAACUAACGAAGGAAAUCCACGAAGAGGCUGCACGCUGCAAAAUUGUCAUUAUCUGUCGAAUAAUUACGAAGGGGAUUACGAGAACGUAACCAGCGCGGAUAACACGCCAACUCAGCAAACGGCGAUGUCGCAUCAACGGCGAUACGAUCGAUCGUUCAGUCCGCCGCGAUCGAGCAACAGCUCCGGGUAUGGUACUGGAUCAAGCUCUAGAUCGUUCAACGAUCCACGGUUUCCGUUGGAGGGUACAAUGACUAGCAGCAGUAGCGGACACAGUAGUGCCGAUGAUCGUUGGUACGAGCUUCUAGAACCGCAGGAUCAAGACGGCAGUCAUCGCGCGGACGGUACGCCGCCACCGUUACCAGCCCGACAAAAUUAUCAAGCCGUGACACCGAGCAAAUCUGGUCAGAAAAAAGACAAGUCUCAUUACGCCAGCGCCAAACAGCUCGUAGACGGCUCAAAGCAUCGCGAGCAUGGUCACGAGCAUUAUACGAAGGAGAGCAAUUAUGUGUCGUCGAAAAUCAUUCAGGAGAACGCGCGACAUGAGAAUUACCAGCGGCAAUUGGACAAUAUGCAUCGUGGUCAGGAUCACGUAACCACGAAUUACGUGAAGAUGCAGAAAGAGCGAUACGAGAACAAGCAAGAAAAUCUAUACGCGUCUCAGAGAGAACUUCACAAGAAUGACGUGCAACAUCACGGUAACCAUCAGAAGCUCGGCGUGUCGAAUUCGCUGCCGUUGGCGCACAACGCCGUUUAUAGUCUGCCAAAGUCGGGCAGCAACAACAAUCUCGGCAGGUACAACGAAUACGAGCAAUCCGGCGGCAAGUAUGAUUACGAGACACCCACGAAAUCGGAAAGAGGUUCGAAGUAUGAGAUGCAGGAGGAAAAGAUGAUCGAACGCUCGACAGCCAAGUAUGAACAUGAUAUGCGGGUUCAUGAGAAGAGGAUUGGCUACGAAUAUUCGGAGGAUAUUUACGAAAGGAGAAACAGUAAAUACGACGCGGAGCUCACCAAAUACGAGAUGGAAUGUCAGCAUGCUGGUAACGAGAGGAAACACAAUAACGACAGCAAUGGCGAGCACAAUCGAGAACCCAUGAAAUAUGAGAUGCCGCACGAUUUCAAAGUAGGUGAAAAGGUCACCUGCCUGAAGACUAGUAUGUCGGAACGACCGGUGCACAAAGUAAACGUGGAAUACCGUCAGUCAAAGGAUUUUCCGGCGAGCUUGCCACCGGAAGUGAGAAUAUCGGACGUCAAUUGCCCGGAGGUGACUACAAUGCCCAGCGAGGACGAGCUGUCGAACGGCUCUGGCAGCGUAUCGCCCAGACUGCGUCGCGCUAACAAACAUCGUGGCGGAAAUCGUACUCCAUCCAGCGGCAGCUCUAGGAAUCAGAGUCCACGGCCCAAGCCGGGUAUGAGGAACGCGCAUCGAAAUUCCGCGAAUUUAACGUCUAGCACGCUGCAGGAAGAUCUCAUGAGAUUGAUUAAUCCCGAUUAUAUUGCCGACGACAGCCAGAUUGUCAAUAACAAUCUUGUGAAUUGCGUGAUGAGCCCGAAUCAAAACUCGAAUAAGAUGAAUAACAAUAUGUUGGAAAUUCAAAACAGAUGUAGGUCUAGGGAGAAUUUGUGUGGCAACAGUACAUCCACUUUGAGUGUAUUGCCUGCGAAUGGGCAGGAAAACGGGAACAAUGGAUCGGAAGUGAUCCUGACGAUGGCCAGGCCAGCCACAGUGAUCUCAAACGCCAGCACUGCCUCAAGUCCAGCACCGAGUGAAAACAAGUUGUCAAAGGAGGAAAGAUUAUCGCCGCGUGUCACGAAACCGCUUCAUUCGAUUAUAAAGCCACACAAUAAUCUAACGCCGAUUAAAGAUGUAAAGACUCAUAACGAUGCAAAUGUGGAUUGUUGGAAGAAUCAACACGCAGAUUCAAACAGGUCAACAAAGCAGCAUCCUCAAGAAUGGUCUGACGACAGACUUAUCGAUGGAUGCAACGCGAAUACGAAUCCCGUUUCGGAUUUGCAGUCUCAUCUGUCCACUCUCGAACUGAGAAUGGCGAGGGAGACGCGUCUGCGACUCUCGUUAGAAGACGAGGUGCGCCGACUGCGCGACGAGAAUCGGCGUUUGCAAGAGUCCGAGAAUUUACGAUUUUCCUUGGAAGACGAAAAUCGCCGUCUGAAAGACGAGAAUCACGCGGCUGCACAGCAACUCCGGCGCUUCACGGAAUGGUUCUUUCAAACGAUGGAUCAUCAAUAAUCGAUAACGAAUUUAUAGAAUAUUUCAUUGUACAGCGAUAACUUCAUCACGAUAAAUAAUCGAUAAGCUAUACUCUUGUUGAUAUCUUGGAAGUUAUUUGCAAAACAUAUUGUCACCAAUGUUCUUCAAAUAUGAAUUAAGUUCAUCAUAUAUCGUUAUAUUCAAUUAUUAAAUCAGUAGCAUUUACUUCGCGUCCCCUUUUCUCAAUCACCCGAAUCGGGACAUGAUCUUUGUAAGUACAGUAUUAAACGUGACCUUUGCCUAAACAUAUAGAUGUAGACGAAAUUGAAUCGAACCGCAGACGACUGUGGGUGAGCAUAAGUACCAAUAAGUAAAAAUAAUAUGUCAUUCAUAACUCUUUCGGCGGUUUUCGGCACUUUGUAUUAUAUAAAUUCGUUAGAUUUGUUUUUCUAUUGUAAAGUAUAAGUUACCAUCGUACUGUCUCCUCUCUCCGAGGACUCAUGCGUUGACAACAAAACUAUCCAUCUAGAUUAUUCGAAGUAAUUAGUGCUAAAACUAUCCGUUUGAAUGUCUUUAAGGAGACAAUGCGUGUUAAACAUCAAUAUUUUGAUUUUAGAAAAGCGACCAAAUGACCAAAUAUUACUAGAAAAUUAAGGACUGCUUUAACUCUAUAAUUUAUUAUGCCUUUUAUAUUAAUCAUUUAUUAUAGCGUGAUAAAAAACCGUCGCACUCGCUAAAGCGACACCGACGCGAGUGCGGUAUGCUCUCUGUCCGAAAUUUUUUCUUUGUAAUACAUGACGAAGCAUAAUUUCGACAUAAUGUACGAGAGUGACGUUUUCUGAAGACAGUGAGUCAAUCAAUAAAGAGAAAUGUGUACUUUAACGAUAUCUUCAUUCUUAGAAGGACCAAAUGUAGUGUAUAUCUUAACGCUCGAAGAGCACUUUUCAUAGACAGCAAUAUAUGUAUGAAAAAAAAGUGGAUAGGACAGGGAUCGAUUGAAUCUGUUACCACCGGUUAGAAUAAAAUAGUUUAUUGUAAUCCACAGAAAAAAACAAGACAUUUCCAUGAUGCCUUAAGAUCUGUCUGUCUCACUGUUCUGUCAGUUUAACAAUUAGCUGCGAUUACACUCCCUCCUGUUUCGAGACCACGCGAAAACGCUCGCUCGUCGGCUCGUCGCCGUGUCGCGAUACCGGCAGCAGCGACAGUCCUUAAUACUCGAUACGCUGGAUCCAGCCAGAAUCCAGCCAGAUUUAUGAAGGAUCGGAUUAUGCGUUUGGUAUAUCCCUAUAGAUAAGAAGAAGCUAACAUAUGGCUUUUAUUACCACGCGAUAUCGCGAUUCGGCGGCUUUGCACUGUGACUGUUGCUGUCGUAAUGUCGCGAUACGCCUAUCCUUCUGAUCGCAUUGCGGAAGAGAAUAAGCGCCGGUGUUCUCCUUACUCUUUCAUCCUUCUCUUUCUCUCCUCGUGUUUUACGACGCCCGUAAAUCCGGACCGUCGAGCUCGACGCGAUUAUCGUUAUCGGUGUAAUCAGAGACAAGCAAAAUAUUACUCCAUUCUUGCGAGCGUCACGUCCAUUCUUCAUAUCUCACUGUCUAUUAUUUAAACGUGUGUGCGUAUGUAUGUGUGUAUGCAUGUAUGUGUCUCUGUGUAUCGAUAAUUAGCUCGUUUCUAAAUUCUAGAUUCUAUGUAUAUUGGCGUCCGAUGGACGCUCUGAUUACUGCGCUUUCUGAGAGGAAAGUGAUUAUGCGAGAGAAUAUUUGACUGCUUAUAAUCGAAACACUGUGAAGUAAUAUUUCACACAGCUCUGCGUGUAACGCUUACGUCACCGAGGCUUCUCUUCGGUUUUGUUCGCUUAAGUACAUGAGAAGUAAUGCUUAGCAAGUGUAAUUACUCGUAGAGAGAGAUGUUUAAACACUCGGACUUAGUUUUACUCUAGUAGCGUUUUCCUAUAUACUCAUAAUUAACACGCCCUCACGUGGAAGUACAUCUCCAUUAUGAAGUUCUGGAUGAAUUGUCUUUUGAAUAAAUCUCAAAGCGCAUCUU